AUGGCGUCAGGUUUGGGCGUGAAAACGAUGAGUACAAUUCCGUUGAAUGGCAAAAAUUUCCCCACUUGGAAAGUUCAAUGUCGAAUGGCACUUAUGAGAGAUGGUGUAAGGGGAAUUGUGGCCAAAACUGAAGUGUUGCCAAGUCCAGAUAAAGCCGAAGAUUUGGCAAAGUUUGUUGCAAGAAAAGAUUGUGCCUUGGCAACCAUUGUUCUGUCGGUCGAUCCGUCGUCGUUGUAUCUCCUUGGAGAUCCACAAGACCUUGCUGUGGUUUGGGAGAAAUUGACCAAUCAAUUCCAAAAGAAAACGUGGGCAAAUAAGUUGGCACUACGUUGUAAACUCUAUUCAUUGCGGUUAAAAGACGGUGAAUCAAUUCAGAAACACAUCAAAGAAAUGACUGAGAUAUUUGAUGGAUUAGCGGUCAUCGAUGACCCUAUAACGGAAGAGGAUCGAGUUGUUCAUUUGUUAGCAAGUUUACCUGAGUCAUAUGAUAUACUGGUUACAGUCCCAAAUGUUACCAUUGUGGAAAGUUUGGACACAUUAAACGAAACUGCCGAGAACUGA